AUGUCUCUCGCAUCCGCAGACGCAAGUAGCUGGCAGGAGCUCGCCCAACUCAUCCUCCAAUGUCUAGGCGCCAUCACCUUGCUCAGGAUACUCUACCAUGCCGUCGACGUUGCGCGUCUCUGGCUACUGCCUCCGCAUUGCGACAUCCGCCGCUACUAUCGACCCAAUGCUUGGGCAUUAGUGACAGGCUCAUCAACCGGCAUCGGCCUCUGGUUCGCCUGGGAACUCGCGGCUGCUGGCUUCAACGUUAUUCUCCUUGGCCAUAAGCUCGACGAGUUGCAUGAAGCACAAGCUCGAAUCGAAGCCCACUUUCCGCAUGUCCAAACCCGAAUCCUAGUCAUGGACUGCAGCAAAGCGACAGCUAGCGAGAUCAACGAACACCUAAGGUCGGUAACAGACCUGAACCUUACCGUCCUGAUAAACAACGUCGGCGGCGUCAUUACACACCAGUCACCCAGAAUCAAGCCGCUGACGGAUUACACUCCUGAAGAAAUCGACUUGAACAUCAGUCUCAACGCAGUCUUCAUGACGCACAUGACGCGAUUCCUCCUGCCCGUCCUCGCGAGCAAUCGAUCCGGUCCAUCCCUAAUUCUCAACAUGAGCUCCGGUGCCCAAGAAGGUAUUCCCGGCGUGUCCAUCUACAGCGCGACGAAGAGCUACAUCACCGCGCUCACCAAGAGCGUCAACCGUGAGUGCAAAGCCGCCGGGGUCAAGGUGGACAUCAUAUCGAUCGUGCCCGGCGAAGUCACCAGUCAAACUAACAAACCCGCCCACGGUUUCGGGGUGAUCGACGCCCGACCCUACGCCGAGAUGGUGCUGCAACGAGCUCCGGCGGCAGCGGCGAGAGGUGUCAUGGUCUUUUCACCGUACUGGGCGCACGCCCUGGCGUUUUGGGUCAUGCGAGUCCUGCCUGAAUCGAUACGCCUUAGAGCCUUUGUGGCGCUCGUUCUUCGAGACAGAAAUGUACCAACUCAAGACGAUACAGAUACCCACAGCGAGAAACCAGCAAGGACUACGGCACGCUGA